CUUUUGAUUUGGAUAAUGGAUUCUGAUCAUGAGUCCACCAUUAAACCGCAAGCUAGUAAGAAACUCAACCUUAUCCCAUUAGAGAUGGAGACUCCAGCAGUUUCAAUGGCAACAACCCAAACAGAAAAUGGCGGCGGCGGUGUUUUCUUGACGUGGGAGGAUUUAUGGGUUACUGUGUCUGUUGGAAAGGAAGGGAAGAAGCCUAUUCUUAAAGGUCUCACUGGGUAUGCCACACCUGGUGACCUCUUAGCCAUCAUGGGCCCUUCUGGCUCUGGCAAAUCUACUCUCCUUGAUGCCCUAGCAGGAAGGUUGGAGUUGAGCACUAGGCAAAGUGGGGAUAUUCUGAUCAACGGUCGUUCACAACCAUUAGCUUAUGGAGCAUCGGCGUACGUGACACAAGAGGAUACACUGAUUGCGUCGCUAACGGUGCGAGAAGCCGUGCACUACUCGGCGCAGCUGCAGCUCCCGAGCUCGAUGCCGAGAUCGGAGAAGGAGGAGAUAGCGGACAUGACGAUAAAGGAGAUGGGGUUGGAGGGCGCCAUGGACACGAGAAUAGGAGGAGGGUGGGGGAGCAAAGGGAUAAGUGGCGGACAGAAACGGAGAGUGAGCAUUUGCCUGGAGAUUCUCACCCGCCCCAAACUUCUGUUCCUGGACGAGCCAACCAGCGGUCUCGACAGUGCCGCUUCCUACUACGUGACGGGCAAAAUUGCGGGCUUGGCGCGCGAGGGAAGAACCGUCGUGGCGUCCAUUCAUCAGCCCAGCGCCGAAGUUUUCAGCCUCUUCACUAAUCUCUGCCUCUUGUCUUCUGGUUCUGUCGUCUAUUUUGGCCCUGCUUCUGCUGCAAUUCAGUUCUUCGAAACCUGUGGUUUCCCCUGCCCAACCCUCCAGAAUCCAUCUGACCAUUUCCUCAAAACUAUAAACAAAGAUUUUGAUAAUAAUGAUGAGGACAUUGAACAAGGCUGUGCUAGAGGCAUCCCCACAGAAGAAGUGAUCAACAUUCUGGUAAACUCAUACAAAUCAUCUGACAGAUUCCGAGAAGUUCAAACACAGGUUGCUCAAAUAUCCAAGCAGGAAGGAGAAGUGCUGAAGAAAACCAGUCAUGCAGACUUUUUCACUCAAAGUAUUGUGCUCACAAGAAGAUCUUUCUUGAACAUGUCCCGUGAUCCAGGCUACUACUGGCUGCGCCUAGCAAUUUAUGUGGCUUUGGGUAUAGGCCUUGGCUACAUUUACCUGAAAAUUGGCCGGACCUAUUCUUCGAUUCAGGCCCGAUGUUCUGUCAUCAUGUUCGUCGCUACAUUCUUCACCUUCAUGGCGAUCGGCGGUUUCCCUUCAUUCGUGGAAGACAUGAAAGUAUUUCACAGAGAAAAUCUGAACGGGCACUACGGGUGCACCGCAUUUGUGAUCGCCAACACGUUUUCCUCGCUCCCAUUUUUGCUCCUCGUGUCGCUAAUCCCAUCGGCGAUUGCUUAUUUCCCCAUCGGACUUCAAAGAGGAUUAUUUGAUCACUUUGGGUACUUUUUCUUGUCCCUUUUUGCCAGCAUGUUAGUGGUGGAGAGCUUAAUGAUGAUUGUCGCCAGCGUGGUUCCGAACUAUCUGAUGGGGAUCAUCGCCGGAGCUGGAAUUCAGGCGCUGAUGAUUCUCGGCGGCGGGUAUUUCCGGCUGCCGGAGGAUUUGCCUAAGCUGUUCUGGAAGUACCCGUUGUACUAUGUUUCUUUCCAUAGGUUCGCUUACCAAGGGCUAUUCAAGAACGAGUUUGAAGGUCUGAGAUUCUCCGGGAUGAGAGGAGGUGAUGUCAUCGCCGGAGAUGAAGUUCUGAGAGAUGAGUUGCAGGUGGAAAUGGGGCAUUCAAAAUGGUUUGAUCUGUUGGUGUUGGUGGGGAUGGUGGGUUUGUAUAGGCUGCUGUUCUUGUUGGUUGUCAAGGCAAGUGAAAAGGCUAAACCUGCCAUGAAAGCACUAAUGAGAGUCUCUAUGGGCCCGGACAACCUCAACAAAAUUAGUUUCGGUGGUUGAAUAAUCACAAAUUUCAAAGUUUGACUCAUAAUGCAGAGUGCAGCCAGUCAAUUAAGAUCAGUUGGUUUACCUCUAUGUAGUCAUUAGUGGACUAAGAUAAGCUAAGGUCGUAAUACAGGCUGUUGGUUUAAUUUAUUUCGUGCACGACGUUAAAUAGUGACUGUGGUUUCUCCGUCACCUAAAAAGUUAAUAAUAAUGUAAAUUGUGCCCACCUACCCUACUACUACCGUACACUCAAAUCUUGUAUCACAAGCUCUAGCUAAACUUAAAAGAGUGUAUGUGUAGACAAAUCAUUAUAUAGAUGCAUAUCUUUUGCUCUA